ACAGUAGGUACAGCCACGCGAAACGAGGAUGAGGGUAAUAACGAGGCAGUGGGAAAUACGGGUGCGGGCGCCCACGGGGGCAGCGUGUCGGAGCAAGUCGCUGGGCACAAGAUCUGAAGGAGAUCUGGACAGCGGGCCGGCCGUUGGGGAUGAGGGGACAGAGGAGAUGGGGAAAAGACACAAGAAGGGAGGUAAGGAGAAAGAAGAAGGGAGAUGUGGUUGUGAAGAGGAAGAAGAGAAGAAAGCAACGACGAAUGGCGCCGCGUUGUUUGCACCAAACACAAGGGCCGCCACAGUGGCGCUGCUGGGGAUCCACUGCCCGUCUGCUAUUCCUUCGCUCAUGCAUCUCCAUCUGGGCGCAUCCACAGCAGUCUCCUGCACCCCCGCACCAAAUUCCGGCGCUCGAAGCAUGGGUAAAAGUAGAAAAACGCUGCGACUCACCUCGUCGCGCUUGCUCUGCUUGCGGCGGGUGUCCUGGGAGUGGGGGCUGUUUGUGCUCAUGGUGGGGCUCUGGGGGUGGUUGAGUCCGCCGUGUGGGACUGGGAUGCGGGACAUGCGUGGAAGAGAGAAAAAGUCGGGCACUCCAUAACGUCACGGCCUCGACGCGAGCCACCUACGGCAAGACGCGUCACUAACGGGGGCCUAUUUAAGAACGCUAUCCUCCUCUUGCAUCUACACUCUUCAGCGCUCUUCUAUCGCGUGU